AUGAGACUUCCAGGAGAGUUUCUACAAGAAACUACACAACCGAACGAAACGAGCGACUUCUUACUAAGGCUCAGAAAGACAAUGGAAAGUCUACGGCCACAGCCAAUCAAAAGGCACGGUUCGCCUGCUAUCUUCCAGCACAGAGACCUGACAGACGCAACACACGUGUUCCUCAGGCACGACGCACCAACGCGGGCGCUACAACCCACUUUUGACGGCCCUUACGAAGUCCUUAGCAAAGGCGAGAAGGUUUACAAGUUACGGAUUAACGGCAAAACCGUCCACGUAACUAUCGACCGCCUUAAGCCUGCCUACAUAUUGGCAGAUCAAGAAUCAAGCGACAAACCUCGGGAGACACAUCAGCCAGCACAGGAUACUCCAACAGACAUUCCACCUAAGAAAACUACAACGCGGAGUGGCAGAGUGUCACGAAAAACAGUACGUUUUCAAAUCCCGACUUCAAAACAACGAAGGGGGUGA